UUAUGUAUUUGCUUGCCAAAACAAUGACUAUGACUUACAAUUUUAUUGUUGGAAAAAAUUUAGCAAUGAUUGGAACACAGUAUUUUAUCAAAAUAAAAACGCUUUGGACUGUGAUGAAAUUGUGAUUCGUAGACUCGUUUCUCGCCCUAUAUAUAAAAAAUUGGUGGAGCGGAUUAUCUUUAAAAUUGUUUACGAAUGGGCAAGACGUAGAGUUAACUCGAAUACAUCCCUGCGGCAAGUCAUGGAUCCGUUCUUAUCCAACAUCAGAUUUCUUACAAUGAAUGAUGAAUUUUUAAAGGGCUAUGUAUAUCCGAAACAAUUGUUAACAGAAGAAGAAGUAAAUGCCAUUCAACACUACAAAGUAACAUCUGACAAAUCAAUAAUUCCAGAUAGCAUUUCUAGAAGUCAUCUUUCGAGAAACCAUGAAAAACAUAGCUUUUGCAAAGAAACAAUCAGAAUAAGAAUAAAGAAUUGUAUUUACUCUGAUGGUUUGAAAAUCGAAAGACAAUAUGAAAUUAAUUGUGAUGAAAACGGAUAUGCUAAAUUGAAUCGAGUCAUUUAUAUUCGGAAAUCUUCUAUAGUUCGUGUGAUAGCUGAAAUUAAUGAUGACGACAUCGUACGAGGUAACAUACGAAUUGGUAAUUUAGCAAAUCGUUAUAUACUAUAUGAAGGAAUGGCCAUAAGUUCUGAAGAAACUUUUCCAUUGAGUAAAGAUAUAGAAUAUAUAUAUUGUAAUGUAAAACUUUAUUUUUGAAGUAGUUUAAAAGUAGUCCCGUAGGAAAUUUUUUCAAAAUCUCUGUAAUUUCUUUAAUUCUUUAGUUUUUAUC